AGAAAACCCCCCUUUUCAAGCCAUGGAAUUUGAUAUGAUCCUGUGGCCGUUGAAAGUGACCCGAGACAGCCUGCGCUCUGCGUGCUCCAGUGCGCUGGUGUCCCAUUUCCUGCGGCGGCCAGCACAACAAGAUCUCUAACCUUUCCUUCCUGCCUCUCUUCUGUGAGAUGGAGAAAACUGCAGCAUGGAGUGGCACACCCUCCAUCAGAGGCUCAACGGAGGCCAUUCGCAUGUGCUUGCUCACCGCCUCUCUGGUCGGCAUUCAGUAUGUGACGCCACCUCCAUCUCGGCUUCAAUGCGAAACCUGUGAAACUGACAAGUGCUCGACAAAAGAUUCUGCUGGGGCUUGGAGAUGACAUACGGCACUCCUUACCUCCUCCAACUCGGCCUCACAAAGUCGAAAACAUCUCUGGUAUGGAUCGCAGGACCACUCUCAGGCUUGAUCAUGCAACCAAUCGUUGGGGCUUACGCGGACAAAUCAACGUCGAGAUACGGCAGGCGACGACCCUAUAUGGUCUAUGGAGCGGUUAUCACAGGUGGCGGGUUGUUGCUGUUGGGCUGGACGUCUGAAGUCGUGGGCUGCUUCAUUCCCGAGGGCGAUAUGAGGAAGAGCAUUACGAUCUUGACUGCCGUCAUGUGCAUUUAUGCCUUGGACUUUUCAAUCAAUGCAGUGCAGGCGUGUUGUCGCAGCUUGAUCGUCGAUACAUUGCCCAUCUCGCAACAGCAAGCUGGAUCCGCCUGGGCAUCGAGGCUUGUUGCAGCAGGUCAUCUGGCCAGCUACUUCAUCGGCACCUUUGAUCUGGUCACGAUCUUACCUCCGUGGAUGGGAGGCGAUACGCAAUUCAAGAAAAUGACGGUCAUCGCAACGUUAGCUUUGUGGUCCACAGUGGCCGUAACUUGUUGGGCUGUUACAGAGAGAGUGAGACUGCCUAGUGAGGACGACAAUACCUCAGUGAAAGAGGUGCUUGUUGCUCUUUGGCGGAAGACUAUUCACCUUCCGUCACGCAUACGAGCCAUAUGUUGGGUGCAAUUUUGGAACUGGGUCGGAUGGUUUCCGUUCCUGUUCUACUCAAGCACAUUCGUGGGAGAAAUCUACUAUCGCUACGAACAUCCGGCCCCCGAACCAGGUGUGAAGGAUGAGCACGAUGCUCUGGGAAAUAUAGGGCGACUAGGAAGCCUUGCGUUGGUAUUUUUUUCGUUGACCACCUUCUGUGCGUCGGUCAUUUUCCCAUCCCUGAUUAAAUCACCCGAUGCACCUGGGGCGAAAUUUACCCCUAGGCCUCCUGCUUCGAUUCCCAAACCUUUCAAGGUGAUUUUGGCAAAGGCAUACAACAUCCAGCCUGAUCUCAUCUCGGCGUGGAGCAUAUCGAAUCUACUCUUCGCCAUCAUUACAAUAUUUGCCCCUUGGAUCCGCACACUAUCUUCAGCAACCACUCUGGUGGCUGCUUGUGGCGUACCCUGGGCCAUAUCGUGUUGGGCCCCGUUUGGGCUGCUAGGGAUCGAGAUCAACAAGAUGUCUUCUGGAUCGCAUGCCAGUAUCAAUGGAUCGACUGUACCUGGUUACACGGCAGUCCGUGGCAGCCUGGAUGAGAACUACGACGUCGAGUUGGAAGAUGUCCGACAACAUCGCAGGGCCUUUUCCGAGGGUGUGCUGCGGCUCAAUCAUCCCGAUGAAGGCGACGCUCAUUCUUCGACAGGAGAGGUUGCCGGCGUUUAUCUAGGCGUUUUGAAUGUUUAUACCACCCUGCCGCAAUUCGUCGGGACUUUUAUCAGCUGGAUUGUCUUCACGAUCCUAGAGCCGAGCCAGCGUAGCGAUGUCGCUGACGAAGAUCCCGACCACCAUCGGUGGCUUAACUUGAAGAAAAACGCGCCAAAUGCAAUCGCCGUGUGUAUGUUCAUUGGAGCAUUGUGCUCCUUGAUCUCGGCAGAAGCUGCCAGGCGGCUGAAGUACUUGAGUUCAUGAUGAAUACAAACCUUUUUGCUGCUACGUCAAAGACCAGUCUAUUGCAGCUAUUCCUUUUGAUCGGGCUUGCUUUGCAUGAAAAGAAUGUUAGGAUCACUUUCCACGGUACCUCAAUCUACAUUGGACAACAUACUCCUUGGAUAAGACCGGACAAAUCACUCGGAACGGACGGCUUCAUUGCAGAAGAGCCUCAACAAGCAUCGCCCCAAAUGGGCGUUUUCCAACGCGAGGCUAGGGCUGUGGCUGACUUUGCAUCUGUUAUACCAUUGGACGACGAGUAGGCGAUCCCUGUUCGCUCAGCCGCUUUCAGCCCGAUGCAUCGACCGACCCUGCAGAAGGUUGCCAGUUUCGUUCAGCAUUUCCCCUCCAAUUCUGGUCCAAGGUCGGCGUCAUUGGUUGUGAACUCGACGUGGCUGUAUCGGCUGCAUUCCUCUGCCUUGGUCCUUUCAAGGUGUGUGUCUCGAUGUGCCAAAAUGGGUUGACCCCCUGGAACUGGCUUAGGGACACUGAAUCUUGCGCUUACAGAGGAGGCUCAACUGCCUCAUUGAUCACAAAGGUGACUUCGGAAGCGGCAAUCUGAAGAAGGCCAGGCAUGCGCCACUUGACAUGGCCAGGUCCAGUCGACCGCAAACGCAUCCGCCUCGCCAUGCUACUGCGAUGACCCCAGAGUUUUCCUAAGUCCUUCAGAUGGGACUCUUGGCCAUCGGUAGUGGUGGCACCGGUUCAUGCAGGUUUCUAUUCGAGGAUUCCCCAAGGUAGACUUCUUGUAGGACUCAUUGCUGUCAUGCACAGCAGAAUACGAGGUUCCUGCAAGCCUCUUGAGGCUUCGAAUCAGGCACAGCCCCCAACCAAACACUUAUCUCCCCCUGCCUCAUGCCGCACAGAGGGCAGACAAUGCCGUAUAUAUUGCCCUGCUGAUCGCAGUGUUCCAGCCUGAUGAUCUUUACUCGAACGAAGUCCCUCUAAACAGAAUCUUUUCCCAAAUAUCGAUAGGAUAGCAUUUCCACGCUACCACACCACCGCCCCUUCAGCGCUUCAGCCUUAUCAAGCCUACUGCCCCAGCA